CAUGUGAAGCCACGCCCCUUCGGUUGCUCGCGCAUCAACAUGGCGACGUGCAGGAAGAUGGGGCGAAGCGGUAGUAACGUCUGCGCUCUUUCGCUGCUUAUCUGCCUCCAAAUGUUAACCAGCGGCUGCCUGUCGGCUCCGAUGAACCUCGAGACGGAAGCACAUGUCCCAGCCGGUCAAGUGGGAAUCGCGCCCGUCAAUCUGACUUUGACCGCCGCGAACAAGAAAGUGGGCGUAACCGAGCUGUCGCCAUCCCCGCAGAAUGCAACGACGUUAACGGAUCCCAAGAAACCCGCCACAUCGCCCGGCAAGGACGCCGCCACAUCGCCCGGCAAGGACGCCGCCACAUCGCCCGGCAAGGACGCCGCCACAUCGCCCGGCAAGGACGCCGCCACAUCGCCCGGCAAGGACGCCGCUACAUCGCCCGGCAAGGACGCCGCCACAUCGCCUGGCAAGGACGCCGCUACAUCGCCCGGCAAGGACGCCGCCACAUCGCCCGGCAAGGACGCCGCCACAUCGCCCGGCAAGGACGCCGCCACAUCGCCCGGCAAGGACGCCGCAACAUCGUCCGGCAAGGACGAAAAGGCUCCUCCGGUUGACGCCACGAUAGCCGCGGAACCGAAAUCGACUAAAGGGCUCAAGGACACGAGUCCGGUCACCAUCUUCGACACCUCUGACUCUGCACUGCCUCAAGUAACCGUCGGCAAAGGGGAUGCAAAACCAGAUGAUGCAAAACCAGAUGAUGCAAAACCAGAUGAUGCGACGCCAGAUGAUGCGACGCCAGAUGAUGCGACGCCAGCCCCCCCGGACAACGGCGUGGCAACAGACGGUCCUGCUGCUUCGGAAGCCCCCCCUCCAGCUCACACUCCAGAAGCUCCCACCACCUUCCCUGAAACCCCCGGACCCUUAUCGAAGGAGCCAGAGGGGACCGCCUCCGAGUCCAAACCCUACACAGUGCAGGAGAUGGAUGCGGACCUGCUGCAGACCACCGACAGCGGACCCGGACCUCGCAUCGUUCUGGAUGGUUACGAGGACGAGGACGACGAGGACGACGCGACCUACGUGGACAACGACGCGUAUGUAAACAACAACAACAACAACAUCGACGAAGACGACGUCAAAGACCAGAGCGUGAGCCGGCUGCAGCCGGGCGGCGUGGAGGACAUCCGGUACAAGGGAGCGGACAGCUACAACACCGAGGACGAGGACUCCCACUUCUUCUUCCAUCUGGUCAUCCUGGCCUUCCUCGUGGCCAUCGUCUACAUCACCUACCACAACAAGAGGAAGAUCUUCCUCUUGGCUCAGAGCCGGCGCUGGAAGGACGGCCUGUGCUCCCGCAACACCGUGGAGUACCACCGGCUGGACCAGAACGUCAACGAGGCCAUGCCGUCCCUCAAGAUGACCCGGGACUACGUCUUCUGAGAGGAGGACCCUCGAUCGGACGCUUCCUCUCGUUUCAGAGGCCGAGCGGAGAGACUUGUGUCUUUGGGAUAGAACUCUGUUUCUUCAGGACCUUUCUGUUUCUGCUUAGAGAGAUUUGUACUUUUUAUCUUGUUUUUUCCUUUUUGUUUUAUAUAUAUAUACUUUUUUUUCUUUAUCAAAUUAAUGACUUCUUGGGGAUUUAAUAUUUUGGUUCAUUCGGGGUCUUCAUAUUUGUGUUUCAGCGUUAUGCUCCCUAUACACCCGUUUGCAUAAUAUGAAGCGGUGGAUUUAUUUACCCCACGGUUAACACCAGAUUUAUCUCCCAGCAGUUAGCCAAGUUAUGAAUUCACACGCAAAGCAUUUUAUUAUAUUUUCAAAGCACUGGUUGUAUUGUAUCAUACGGUUGUAUGCGAACAAAGCUAGAGAUAUAUAUAUAUAUAUAU